AUGAAGACUUUAGAUGAGCUGAAAACUAGCAUAGUUAGAAUUGAAUCACGUCUUAAUGUUAGGGAGAAAGGGACAUUGCCUGCCCAAACUCAACCUAACCCAAAAGGCCAAUUUGAGGUUAAAGAUUCUAACUUGGAGCAAGCUAAUGUUGUCACCACUCUCAGAAGUGGUAAGGUGAUUGAGACUCCGAUGAAGGUGAACGAACCUGAGAAGUCUCUGAAGUUUAAGAAUAGUCACAGUAAUACUCAAAAUGAACAUUCUGAAAUUGAUAGAAAGAUGCAUGCUCCAUUUCCUCAUCGUUUAUUGUAUACUAAACAGAUGGAUGAUAAUAAGGAUAUCCUUGAUGUUUUUCAUCAGGUGAAGAUCAACAUACCUCUCUUGAGUAUGAUCAAGCAAUUUCCAGCUUACGCCAAGUUCUUGAAGGAUCUCUGCACGAUCAAGAGGAAGCAUAAUGUGCAGAAAAAGGCAUUUCUCACGGAACAGAUAAGUUCUAUUCUUCAACACAACACUCCUCCCAAAUAUAAAGAUCCGGGAUGCCCUACUAUUUCUUGUAUAAUAGGGGAUUUCAUGAUCAAACAAGCACUUUUUGAUUUGGGAGCUAGUGUAAACCUCCUACCUUUCUCAGUUUAUGAGCAGUUGGGCUUAGGUGAAUUAAAACCCACCUCGGUCACUCUACAACUUGCUGACAUAUCAGUUAAAGUACCGAGAGGGAUAGUUGAGAAUGUGUUAAUUCAAAUUGAUAAAUUUUACUAUCCAGUGGAUUUUAUAGUUUUGGAUACUCAACCUGUAGCUAAUGCUAGUAAAGAAAUACCUGUCAUUUUAGGUCGUCCUUUUCUUGCAACUUCAAAUGCCUUGAUUAAUUGUCGAACUUGA